UUUUGAUAAGAUUACCUAUUUCAUAUAAAAAUAACACUAGGCGAUGACCACAGACUAAUGUUAGGUGAAGUUUAAACAGAAUCAAUGAUGAGUGUAUUAGUUGCUCUGUUAGUGGUACUGGCUCUUGUAGCAGCCGCACCAAAGAAUCCCCAGAGGAUUGUUGGUGGUUCUCUAACGACUAUCGAUCAACAUCCGGAUAUGGUCUCUCUAUUGUGGUCUCCAUUCGGAUUCAGGCACAGUCAGAACUGUGGUGGCAGCAUCCUUACCAACAGAGCCGUACUCACUGCUGCUCACUGCACAUUUGGUCACCAUGCAUUUAUGUGGCAGUCUCGAGUAGGAUCCACCUUCGCUAACAGUGGUGGUGCAGUACAUACUACAUCACGCAUCAUCAAUCAUCCACAAUAUAUCUCUGCCACCUUAGAUAAUGACAUCGCUAUCAUCCAUACUACCACCGUGUUUGUUUCUUCUAAUGUAGUCCAACAAGCAAGUAUUGCCGGUAGCGGUUAUAACCUUGGAGACAAUCAAGAAGUUUGGGCUGCUGGUUGGGGACGUCUUUAUUAUGCAGGUCCUUCAUCGGAGCAACUGAGACAUGUCCAAGUAUGGACCAUUAACCAGGCGGUUUGCAGAGCUCGUUAUGCAGAGAGACAAAUCACGAUUACCGACAACAUGUUGUGCUCCGGCUGGCUCGAAGUCGGUGGUCGCGACCAGUGCAAUGGUGACUCUGGUGGUCCACUUUACCACAACAGGGUCGUUGUCGGCGUUAGCUCGUUUGGCUACGGAUGUGCUCAGGCUCGCUGGCCUGGUGUCAAUGCUCGUGUUUCACGCUACACUCAAUGGAUACUGGCUAAUUCUCAGUGAGAGUACAC